CGCGAAAGGGCGGCGCGAGCGCGAAACCGGCGCCGGGAGGCGGCGGCGCGGGCGCGAAGCCGGCGGGGGGGAAGUACAAGAGCCCGGGGGAGGUGAAGGAGGGGAGCGCGUACCAGACGGAGACGCGAAAGAUAAUCCUGAGCAUGUCCAAAGUGCGCAAGGUGACGCCGAACGGAAAGGAGCUGAUAAAAAAUAUAAACCUUGGAAUGUACCUCGGGGCGAAGAUCGGGAUCUUGGGGGCGAACGGGGCGGGGAAAUCAACGCUCAUGAAAAUUUUGGCGGGGGCGGAUACGGCGUUCGACGGCGACGUGUAUCUCGAGCCCGGGAUAAAGAUUGGGUACUUGGCGCAGGAGCCGGAUUUGGACGACGGCGAAACGGUGGCUGAGAACAUCGCCGUCGGGGUGAAGGCGGUGCAGGCGGAUUUGGAUGAGUACAAUCAAAUCGCGGUGGAUAUGACGGCGCCGGACGCCGACGUGGACGCGCUCAUGAAGCGCAUGGACCAGUUACAGAAUAAGCUCGACGCGUCCAACGCGUGGGAGCUCGAGCGCACGGUGUCGCGCGCCAUGGACGCCCUUCGCUGCCCACCAGGCGAUGCUUUGGUGAAAAACCUUUCCGGAGGGGAGCGCAGACGCGUUGCCAUUUGCCGGUUGUUACUUUCGCAACCCGACAUCUUGCUUCUGGACGAACCCACGAACCACUUGGACGCGCAAUCCGUCGCGUGGCUCGAACAGUUCUUGGCGACGUUCAAGGGCACCGUCGUCGCCAUCACGCACGACCGCUAUUUCUUGGACAACGUCGCCGGUUGGAUUUUAGAGCUCGAUCGCGGGGAGGGUAUCCCGUUCGAAGGCAACUAUUCCACGUGGCUGGAGAGUAAGAGCAAGCGUCUAGAGGCUGAGAACAAGAAGAAGAGCUCACUCGAUCGUCAAAUCGAGCAAGAGCUCGAGUGGGUGCGUUCGAACGCAAAGGGUCAGGUUAAAAAAGGUAAGGCGAGACUUCGACAAUACGAAGAGCUCUGCCAAGCCGCCGCGCAGUUCCAAGCGCGUCAAGAUCUGGACUCCAUCACCAUCCCCGCCGCGCCGCGACUUGGUGACGUCGUCAUUACCGCUAACGGCGUGCGCAAGGGCUACGACGGUCGCGGUCUGCUGAUCGAUGACUUGAACUGUAUCAUCCCGCCCGGGUCCGUGGUCGGCAUCGUCGGCGGCAACGGCGCCGGUAAGACGACGCUUUUCAGAAUGGUCACGGGCGAAGAGAAGCCCGACGGCGGUGAACUCACGGUGGGCGAGACCGUGAAGCUCAUGUAUGUCGAUCAAAGUCGCGAUAGCCUCGACCCGGAGAAGACGGUGUUCGACACCUUGAGCGGCGGCGCCGAAGAAAUCAGUCUCGGCACUCGCCAAGUGAACGCGCGUGCGUAUUGCAGCUGGUACAACUUCAAAAGUGCUGAUCAACAAAAGAAGGUCGGCACUUUGUCCGGCGGUGAGCGCAACCGCUUACAGCUCGCUCGCACGCUCACGAGCGGCGGCAACUGCCUCCUCCUUGACGAGCCCACCAACGACUUGGACGUCGCCACCCUUCGAUGCCUCGAGGACGCCAUCCAAAGCUGGAACGGCACCACAAUCUGCAUCUCUCACGAUCGCUGGUUCCUGAACAAGAUCGCCACCCACAUCUUGGCCUACGAGGGCGACUCCAACGUCGUCUUUUUCGAAGGCUCGUACGACGAGUACGAGGCCCACCGCCUCGAGCGCAUGGGUGGCGAAGAGCCCAAGCCCCUGAAAUUCCGUCCGAUGCCCGUCUAAAGCAAAGCUCAACUGUCUUUUUCGCGGCUUCUAU